AUGUCAAGUUCAGGGACACCCUUGUCAGAGUCGCCACCACCCACGGCAAUCGCACAAGACCCAACAGAACCAACAGGACCACCAGCAUCACCGUCAACCGUCAUCGCCAACCACAAACGCAAAGACACUUCCAAAGUCAUUGUCCGGUUUCGAGCUAUCGGAAAUGCCCCAAUCAUGAAGCAAAAUGUCUUCAAGAUCACGGCCUCCAACAAGUUCAUGGCCGUCAUUCAGUUCCUGCGAAAGGAGCUGAACUACCAGCAUUCUGACCCAUUGUUCCUAUAUGUCAAUAGCGCGUUCUCUCCGGCACCGGAUGAGAUUGUGAAUAACCUGUACAAGGAUUGA